CGCGCGCCUCUCUCUCUCUCUCUCCCGUGGUAGCAGGAGCAGCGCGGGCGUUGGGGCUGGAGCGUGGCUGAAGCGGCCAUUCCUACCGAGCGAGAGAGAGCGCAGCGUGUCCCCCCCGGGCUCAGUGGCGCACAGGAGAUGCCCUCGGCUACCAACAGCACCAUGGCGAGCAGCACCACCGGCAGCGCCACCGGCAAAGCGGGACCGGGCAGCGAGGCUGCCCCGGCGACGGCGGCCCCGCAGGCGGCGGCGGGUGUGAACAUCACCACGGUGCAGACCGAGGCCAUGAAGCAGAUCCUGGGGGUGAUCGACAAGAAGCUGCGCAACCUGGAGAAGAAGAAGAGCAAACUUGAUGAUUACCAGGAACGAAUGAACAAGGGAGAACGUCUGAAUCAAGAUCAACUGGAUGCAGUGUCAAAAUACCAGGAAGUGACAAAUAACCUGGAAUUUGCUAAGGAACUGCAGAGGAGUUUCAUGGCUCUGAGCCAAGAUAUCCAGAAAACAAUAAAGAAGACAGCUCGUAGGGAGCAGCUGAUGCGAGAGGAGGCUGAGCAGAAGCGUUUGAAGACGGUGCUGGAGCUGCAGUUCAUCCUGGAGAAGCUGGGGGAUGAUGAAGUGCGCAGCGACCUCAAACAGGGAUCCAGCGGGGUGCCGGUGCUGACAGAGGAGGAGCUGACCAUGCUGGAUGAGUUUUAUAAGCUGGUUUACCCUGAACGAGACAUGAACAUGAGGUUGAAUGAGCAGUAUGAGCAAGCAUCUGUUCACCUGUGGGACUUACUGGAAGGGAAAGAAAAACCAGUUUGUGGAACAACCUAUAAAGCUCUGAAGGAGAUUGUUGAACGGAUUCUUCAGACCAGUUACUUUGACAGCACCCACAACCACCAGAAUGGGCUGUGUGAGGAAGAGGAGGCAGCACCUGCACCUGCAGUAGAAGACACUGCAGCAGAGGCUGAACCCGAUCCAGCAGAAGAAUUUACUGAGCCAACUGAAGUUGAAUCAACUGAGUAUGUAAACAGACAAUUCAUGGCAGAGACUCAGUUCAGCAGUAGUGAGAAGGAACAGGUAGAUGAGUGGACAGUUGAAACGGUUGAGGUUGUAAAUUCCCUGCAGCAACAGACACAGGCGACGUCUCCUCCCGUCGCGGAACCUCACGCGCUCACUGCUGUGGCUCAGGCAGACCCCCUGGUCAGGAGACAGCGAGUACAGGACCUCAUGGCACAGAUGCAGGGCCCCUACAACUUCAUGCAGGACUCGAUGCUGGAAUUUGAGAACCAAACACUUGAUCCUGCCAUUGUAUCUGCACAGCCCAUGAACCCAGCACAGAGUUUGGACAUGCCCCAAAUGGUUUGCCCUCCAGUUCAUGCUGAGUCAAGACUUGCCCAGCCAACCCAAGUUCCAGUGCAACCAGAAGCUACACAGGUUCCCCUGGUUUCUUCUACAAGUGAGGGAUAUACAGCUUCCCAACCCAUGUAUCAGCCUUCUCACACAGCAGAGCAACGGCCACAGAAAGAAUCAAUUGACCAGAUUCAGGCUUCCAUGUCCCUGAAUGCAGACCAGACCCCAUCCUCAUCAUCACUUCCCACUGCAUCCCAGCCACAGGUGUUCCAGGCUGGGUCCAGCAAGCCUUUGCAUAGCAGCGGAAUCAACGUCAAUGCAGCUCCAUUCCAAUCCAUGCAAACAGUAUUCAACAUGAAUGCACCUGUUCCUCCUGUGAAUGAGCCAGAAACCCUUAAGCAGCAAAACCAGUACCAGGCCAGUUACAACCAGAGUUUCUCCAAUCAACCUCACCAAGUAGAACAAUCAGAUCUCCAGCAAGAACAACUCCAGACAGUGGUUGGUACCUACCAUGGUUCCCCAGACCAGAGUCACCAAGUGGCAGGAAACCACCAGCAGCCUCCCCAGCAGAGCACUGGAUUUCCCAGGAACAGCCAGCCUUACUACAACAGCCGGGGGGUGUCCCGGGGGGGAUCCCGCGGGGCCCGGGGCCUCAUGAACGGUUACAGGGGCCCAGCGAACGGAUUCAGAGGGGGAUAUGAUGGCUACCGUCCUUCCUUUUCCAACACUCCAAACAGUGGCUACACACAGCCCCAGUUCAAUGCUCCUCGGGAUUACUCAAACUACCAGAGGGAUGGAUAUCAACAAAAUUUCAAACGUGGCUCUGGACAAAGUGGACCUCGGGGAGCUCCUAGAGGUCGUGGAGGGCCCCCCAGACCAAACAGAGGGAUGCCUCAGAUGAACGCUCAGCAAGUGAACUAAACACAUUCACAGGAUUCCGUUCAACGCCAAAAACACGCUGGCCAGUGUACAAUACAUGUUACCAGAAGAGUUAUUAUCUAUUUGUUCUCCCUUACAGGAAGUUUGUUGUAAAGGGACUGUUUUCAUUACCCAUAAUGACAGGACUACAGUUGCCAGCUUUAUAUUCCCUGGAUAUUGAAAGGAACGAAACAACGUUUACUCUGCAUGUUCUGUCCUAAGCAUCAUCUUGAGCCUUGCACAUGAGAUUCAGAUUCCUCACCCUUGCUAAGAAUAAAAUAAAAAGGCAAUUUUCAGGGUGAUCCAAUCUCCAUGGUUAACUGAAGUGGCAGGAAAAAGCAAAGACUCACUUCUGUCAUUUAAAAGUGAUUUAACAAAAUUCAGAUAAAAUCUGCAAAUCCAUAAAGAUUUACUGUGGUGGCAGUUAAAAAAACUUAAAUGUUCCCAUGAAUGGAUGGAAAAGGUGAAGUGUGGCUUGGUAGAACAACUGCAUUUCAGCUUUUUCUUACUAAAUCGAAGCACUGAACAGUUCAAGAUGUGUAGUGAUGCAAUUGCCCUAAAUAGACAGGUGGGCUUAGAGGCAGUUUGUGACAAAGAAGAGGCACCCUUAGCUGCAGCACUCCUCAUCACCAGGGCCCUGAUUCCUGUGGCUAUGGAGUUAAGAGCGCUUGCAUAACUGCUAAUGUAACUGUGUAAUUAAUUUUUUUUUUAGGAGACAAGGUGAAAAACAAAAAAAAAAGAAAAAGAAAAAAAAAAGGCUUUGAUUUGGCACUUGGACAAAAUUUUGCAACAAAUCCUGAGCUAUAAUCUGGAUGGCCACUGUAUAUUUGAUGUGAAGUAUUUAGAUAUCUCUUUGAAACACUUUUAAGUUUCUUUGAUAGCAAUGACUUUUGUAAGGAUUGGUAUUCUCUAUCAUUCCUUAUGACUUGCACAUUGUCUGUCACUAAUACUUGACCUUGCUGUAUUAUCACCUAAAUAACUGAUGCCGGUACUGAUGGAAAUCCCUAAUGGAUAAUCAUAACACUUUUGGUCACAUGUCCUUUUGUCUUUCCUGCAGCCUUGAAGGUUUUAAGAAAUCUCAAAAUGCCCGCUGCUGCUGCCCUUCCAAUUGCUGUCUUUUGAAAAGCACCAGUCUGUGUUUGAGUUGAUUUCCCCUUUUCAGGGAAAUGACAGCCAGCAGUUACAGUUCUAAUGGUAUAAGCAAGAUAAAUAAAACAUGUUUAUAAAAAUUG